AUGCCGGACGCUAGCUCUAAGACAAAAUUUUUAAAAACUACCUUCAGACCAAUAAACCUCAAGUUCAAUUGUGAUUAUAGCAAAACUAAAAAAAUUGUUGAAACUAUUUCAAGUGAUCCAACCACAAACUCUACAAGCAAUGUAAAUUUUUCAUUACUUCAAAAAAAUUCUGAAAUAAAGAGGAUUGAUAUAUCUGCUUGUGAAGCGUCUUUUAAUAUUUUAAAAAAUUUUAAUUUUACUGAAGAUGAUUGUAUUAAAAUUAUAAAUGAGUACCCUCAAUUUUUAAAUGUUGUACCAGAAGAAUUAGAUUUAACGAUACGGCAAUGGAAACUGUGCGAAAUAAGAUAUGAAAUUUUACAUAAAAUAUUAACGAAUCGGCCUCAAUUUUUGACUGUGGAUUGUAAUGUAAUAAGAAAACGACUUCAAUUUUUGAUUUCAAUUUGUAAAAAAGAAGAAAUUUUGUCAAACCUUCUUAUAAAUUGUCCUAAUGUAAUUUUUGAUGACUGGCAAUCUGUUUUGGAUAAACUUAGACAUUUGUUUAAAGACAGAAGAAUAACUUUAAAAGAAAUUGUUAAGAGUAAUGCAUUGAUUCACCAUUUAGAUUUUAUUAAAUUUAGAUUUAACUUAUUGGAAAAAUGUGGUGUGUAUAAAAGAAUUAUUGUUUACCCACAUAAGGUUAACAAAUUUGACAAAACAGCUCAUAAAAAUCCUCCUUUAUCACAUAUUCUUGAUUUAGAUAAUAAAAGGUUUGCAACAAAAGUAGCCAAAAUAUCACAAGAAGAAUACUAUGCAUUCUUCGAGCUUACCAAUAACGUUGAUUAUGAAACAGACAGCGAUAGUGAACUUGAUUUAAAAAGUUCUUACAAAAAAUAG